UUAUACUUACCUCGCCUAUAAACAAAUCAAACUCCCCAAAUCAGGAAUAAUAAACAUUAUCAACAAUAAUAAGCACUACAUUUGAAUUGCUCAAAUUGCCCUGGAUCACCACGGGAUGAGCUUUAAUAUAAUAAAAUGUACUUGAUUGCUUUAGGCUUUGGUGGCUAUUCAGUUUAAAUGUAUGAGAUGUCUCAGCAGGCAGUACACACAAACUCUAUAGCCUAUAUACAAUCUAUGAUAGCAUAAUAAAGAAUAAUUACAUUGGUUUAAGCAAUUUACCCAUGCUUCCUCAUAACGGUUCGUGCUUCUUUGUUAAAACUCUAAUACAAAGUCGAUACUCCAGUCAAAAACAACAGGGUUCGGGUUUAGGCUAUUUCUCCUACUGAUCUCACCGAUGCGCCGCGGAUGCUGAUUUGAUGCGCAGUGCCGCCGUGAAUCACACAUCACCACGGCAACCGGUGCGUUCACGGCCAGUCCCACAGCAUCCGCUUGUCCCGCAUAUCCACCGCGACAGGGAGCCGAGAGGAGCACAGCAAACACAUGUAAGUCUUGCUUUGUUCAUCUAUUGUACUGAUUUAUUGCGACUGUUAAUAGAGGUCGCGGGGUAAUUCUACAGGGAACUAGUUGAUUGGAAAAGCCAGAUUUAAGAUCCUAAAUAUCUGACCAGAGAUUGCACCAUGACCAUAUACUCAUCCCACAUCCCGAUUGUCAGCUGUGGUUAAUUACAAAUCGAAUUGACUAUUUUACAGUAGCACCGGGUACACUGCGUCAGCCUAUAGGCCUUGGUAAGUGUGUAUGAAUACUGCACCAAGUUCAGACAUAUGCAUAUACUGCUCAAACGCUAAACCAUGGACAGAAAUGGCAAAUAAAAUAAGGUGUUUCAAAAGCAUAUUAUUUACGGUAAUUGGUUUUAUUACACCGAUGAUGCCUUUGAUUUGUUGGACCCUUUGUCUUUGUUCUCCUCUGUGUGGGAUCAGUGUGUGCUGGUGGGAAUCACAGGUUCUUGAUGAUUCACUGCUUGCACACUUUGCUCUGAGUAUGGUCAGCACUGAUGACCACCCACGCACCUCCAAGACAGUUAGGCCUAUGUUCAGGCUGUUGUCUUACAAUGUGUGAGAUGUAUUUUAUAUGUAUUAGAUAAAUUUCACAUUUGUUGUUGAGCUUCAGAUUCUGAUUAAGAGAGACGAUUGCUGUAGAGAAAAACUUUAACAUCCAAAUAAAAUAAGUCCUUUAGUGUAUAAGCAAUGUUGUGCCUCACUGGCAGUGAGUCAUAUAGAUUAAUAGAGUGUGGGGGCCCUUAGCAGUGAGAAACUGUUAUACUUGUACUGUAUAAUAACCUACUGCUUGUUUACAUAACUGUACUUUCAGUCACACUUUUUUUUAAAGUGCUGGCGUCAUGAGCUUUACAGGUUCAUAGAAAGAGAGAUAAUAUAUACAGCAUUUUUUAACUUUUAGAAUCAGACGAAUCCAUUGGAGCCAUGGUGAAGCUUGGAGCAAAUCUGUCUGAUAAACUGGACAAGCAGCCCUCAGUAGAUGAUGGCUUUGAUAACAUUCCCCUCAUCACUCCUCUGGAGGUCAACCAGCUACAGCAAACUUUCACAGACAAGGUCAUUGUGAAGACAUCGACACAGUUCCAACUGCAACAGAAGAAGAGGCCACUGUUUAUGCCCAGUAUUAAGAAGCUGAAUAUUCAUUUUUACAGAGACGUUUCAGACAAAGCCAAGAUCACAGGUCUAAUUCUCAUGACGUUGGGCUUCCUAACCAGUCUGCUCCUCCUGCUCAUGUACAAGGAAAUGUGGUACGACCAGCUCACAUGCCCAGACGGAUUUAUUCUUAAGGAUAAACACUGCAGUCCGGCGGCUCUGGAGAUGUACUACUCCGAACAGCAGCAGGAGUCGACUUUGGACCAGAGCAGGGACCAGACCGGACUCCUGUCCGCCCUCAACCAGGUCAAGAGGAGCGGACUCCAGUCUCCAUGGAGACCAGUCUUCAGUGCCCUGAAGGAGGCCCAUAAUAACCAAGCUGUUCAAAACCCCAUGGACCAGGACAAGUGAGGGUAAAGAGGCCAUGGAAGAGGACAGGCCAAGAGGCUUUGUCUGUGAAUGUCUCUGAGAAUAUCAUAUUAAGACCUGGAAUUACAUAGCCUUUGCUGAUGCAUUGACUAGAAGGUUUAGGUCUAUUGCGAAUUGGCAUUCAGCAAUUUGUAAAUUCUGGAUAAAAGUGGGUGUGGUCUCAAGGAAUGGUACUGUGAAAAUGGUAUCAGACUUGGCCUUUAAAAGCAUGAUUAUCUUUCACCAUUUGUCAUUUGUUACAGAAUGUUAUGAAACCAGGUCAUGGACAGAGAGGGAGCUAUAUGACGCCAUUGUUGACAGUGCAAGGGGCUAAAGAUUUUAUUCAUAAUAUAUGGAGAGCAUUUACUGUAACAGGACAUUUGAGAAAAACAAAGAUAUUUGCUGCCAUUAAUAUGAUGAAUGUACUUUACAUGUUUCAUAAAGUAGAGAUUUAAAAUUUCUAUUUAUUUCAAAUUUUUUGACUUAGACAACCAUUUAGUUAAAGAUUAUAGAUUUAGAAUUUAUUCGAGUUUGUCUUUAUUUUUAAUGUUGUAGUGAAUUACAUUGUAGGAAAUCAAAUGCAGUAGACACUUUUUACUAUCCUUGUGUACAAACCGUCUGCUUUGCCUGUUAACAUUUUUGUUGCACAAUUUUAAAGGAACCGAUACAUGCCUAACUAAUUGAAUGUAUGUAGUUAAAGCAGUUAGAAUUUACUGUGUACAAUAGUUUCAUUCUAAUAUCUAUGAAAAAUAUAUAUAUUGUAAAUAUAACAAUUUCUCAAUCUACUAAGUAAAA